GCCAGCCAGCCAGCCAGCCAGCCAGCCAGCCAGCCAGCCGCCGAACGCUUUCCUCCUCCGAGCGGCACCGAGGAAAGCGAGCGAGCGAGCGAGCGAUGGAAGCCGACCCUAACGCGACCUUCGUGGACUCGGCGGGGGGCUUGCAGCUCCUCGGCGUCGGCGUCGACGGUGAGGAGCUCCGGAGCGCCGCGCCGGUCUUGUUGCUGGGCGCGUGCGCGUCGGGCACCGCGGGCAACCUGCUGGCGCUGUUGGUGCUGGCGCGCGAGUUCCGCGCGGGUCGCGGCUCGGAGGCCAAGGCGGUGCUGGCUUCGGUGGCUUCCGCCGACGCGCUCCUCCUGCUGCUGUGCGCCCCGGUGCGCGCGCUGGCCGCCUACAAGCAAGCUUGGGUGCUCGGCCGUUUCGCCUGCGCCACCGCCGACUGGUUCCAGCACUCCUGCCUGGUGGCCAAGACGCUCCUUCUGGCGAUCGGCACCCGCGCCGAUCACACUCCGCGUCGCGACGGCCCGCAACGAGGCGGCUGGAUCCUGUGGGCCGUGGCGUCGGCUUGGCUGCUGUCCAUGAUGCUCCCCGUCCCGCAGAUGCUGUUCGCCGCCUUGCAGACGCGCGGCGCCGCGCACGCAGCGCAGGUGUGCGUGUGGCAGGCGCCGGCUUGCGCCUCGCACUUUAUGGCGCUCUUCUACAAGAUCUACCCCGCGGCCGCCUACGCGGGCCCGGUGCUCUUCGCUCUGGCCUACUACACGGCGAUCCUGCACCGGGCGCUCAACGGGGCGCCGUGCCCCCGCCGUCGGAGCGAGGUGACGCUGGUGCUGCUGUGUCUGAGCGCCACGCAGGGCCUCCUGCUGCUGCCCGAGUGGGGCGCGUUCACCUGGGUGCGGCUGGGCUACCGCCAGCCCCCCGCGGGUGUCUUCCUGUGCGCCCAGGUGCUGGUUUACGCGUGCGCCGCGCUCUCGCCUGCGCUGCUGCUCGCCAUGUACGACGACUUGCGUCGGGGCCUGUUCGGCCUCUGCGCGACCGCCGCCUGCCACCCCCGCCGCCGCGGAGACCCGAAGGCCACCGAGGGCAACGGAGCGGGGCUGCAGGGAGACGGAGCCGCCGCCGCCGACGGGGAGAAGACCUUCCCGGACGUGGAGCACUUCUGGACGGGGCGUAGAAACACGCAGGUGGAAGAGGAGCAGGAUCCAAUCCCGUGGGAGCGGGACGAGAAAAUGCUAUAAUGCGUGCUAACUUUUUGGCCGGCUCGGAUGAGUGCGUGUCCACGGGCCGUAUCGAACGUCAAACUCUAUAGUCAUCAUUUUAUGUGGCCCGCCAACGUCAGUCGAGAGCAUCGACUUCGUUUCACGCUAAAAUGAUGAGUGAUUAUUCACUGUUUUCCCUUCAGAAAAAAAAAAAACUAUUUUGUUUUUUUCAAAGAAAAAAUGCAAUCUAAUUUAAAGAGAAACCCCAUUUUGUCGUUCUCAUUUAAAAAAUAAGAUCAUUAACAUAUUUGCUAUUAAAUUAUUUGCUGCCUUUGACGACUCUAGUCCAAUACAUUUGGACUGGGAGGGGUGAAAGAUGAGUACAGUAUUCACAGCCAAUCCUCCUCGUUUAAAUAAAUUGGACAUCUUUUGUUGUCAGUAAUAGGCAAUGAGUUCAUGAUGUUUGGGUCACUUUCUUGUUCAUUUUUGGGUAUAGGGUUUUAUGCUACUGAUUCUGGGGUAUUUACCUGGCACUUCCUGGAUCAUUUACUGUACUGUCGACCUUCUGUACAUCAACUCCAUUAACUGGAUUGGACGUCCAUUGCCGUCAAUAGCAGGGAAGGACUUCAUUAUUCAUGCUUUCAAUUUAAAAUGGGUUGUAUGUUGUCACGUCGACUGCAUUUGAGAAAUAUUCGAAAGCUUUCUUAGAUGACACAAUAUUGCAGAGAUUUUUCUUUUUAAUCAACUCCCAUUAAGGAGAUAGAUGAAUUAGCUUCAAUCGUUGUUUCUUUAAAAAUAUGUUGGACUUUGUGAAACAUUUCAUAACGCAUUGAAUCGUUUGUCUGUUAUAGUGUGCAAUUUUGACGUUGUUAUUUUAUAUCUUUCAUUACAGCCAUUUUGAUCGAACUUUUACAACAAGGUGCUCUCCUGCGGUAUUUCAUAUAAUAGUUUGGUUUUGUGAAAAUAUGGCGUGGUUUUGCAUAAAGUUCACCCUUCAUUGUUCUUGAUUUAAAUGUAAAAAAUACUGUACAACCUUGUGGCAAAAAAUACAUUUUUCAUGCUUGUUUUUAUUGCGAAAAUGGUGCCGUCGUGUAUUGUGGAGCAUGCAGUCACCAUUUUAAUUAGACAUUUUAUUUAUUGGAAAUAAAAAGGUGAUAUAUUGUAAGCUUCCGC